AUGGCCCGGCAGCCGGUCAUAACUCUGGGCUCUCCCCAGCCCGUCACCCCCAAGAGACGAGGCGGCCAGCUGCAGGACCUCCUCGCGCAGUUUGGAUCUCAGAGUUCAGCGCAGUCGGCAACCAAGAGAAGACGUAUAUCCUCGCAGCACGAGACCAAGCAAGGCGAGACAGGCGACAGCAAACGGAGCCUACGACCGCAGCCGACACCAAACUACAUCGCUUCCGAUUCAUCCGCAAACGAAGCCUCCCCGUCUACUCCCGACCACAAACAGCCCGCUGUCAAAGCCAGCAGGAGAACUCGUGCCUCGACCUCAGGACAAGCAGACGCCGACGCGGGAACCAGCCAAGACGAACUCGCCCCAUCCGCCCGCCCAAACCGCAAGACUAGCGCCAGGAUCUCUGCAUACACUGAAGAGCUGAAGAUGGAGAAGCACAGAAAGCAUCGCCAGCGGACAGAGGGUCUGCGGCGAAGCGGGCGUGACAGGAAGACCACUAUCUUGGAGUCGGACACCGUAUCCACCCCCUCGCCACCUCGCCGAAAGGCUGCGCGACCGCCUCCUAACCUCGACACCGCUCGUGCUCGUCUGCGCGACGAGAUCACUAACAAGACCAAGGCGAAGGCGAACAGCUUUCUUGUCGCCAACAGGCAUCUCUUCCUCCCGCUACUGCCUAAGAACAACCAGGUAGCGAGGUUGGUCGCCGAGGGCAAUACGCAGCCUAUCGUCGAAUACGAGGAGCUCUUGGAGCAGCCCAAGGGUGUCACUGCUGUCAUGAAGCCAUACCAACUAUCAGGUCUGUCAUACUUGGUUCAUCUUUACAACAACGGUUUCUCUGGCAUACUCGGCGACGAGAUGGGUCUUGGAAAGACGCUGCAGACCUUGUCGCUCUUCCAGUAUCUCGAAGAGCUGGAUGAGAGGAACGGCGUGACGUCAGAAGAACUUCGCCCAUACCUCGUCAUCUGCCCUCUUAGUGUUCUCAACUCGUGGGUCACCGAGGCCCAGAAGUGGGUACCGCAGCUAAAAGUCAUGCGCUUUCAUGGCGCUGUCACUGAGCGGACCCGUCUGAAGCGCGUUGCAGCUGGCAUGGAGGAUAUGAAGGGAAACGAGACUUUACACGCCAAAAACACGAAGGCCUCGCGCAAGGCUGGCCGGAAGGCAUCCAAGCUCUCCUCGAGCAAUGGAGGAUCCGAUGCCUACAAGAUUGUCGUCACCACUUACGAGACCUUCCAGGCCGAGCAAUCAUGGUUCAAACACUCUUUUGCCUGGCGCUACGUCGUUCUGGAUGAGGGACAUAAGAUCAAGAGCAGCGUCACCCAGAUCUCUACUGCACUCAAGAGCAUCAGCGCCGAAUAUCGUCUCAUCCUAACGGGAACACCACUCCAGAAUAACCUGGUCGAGAUGUGGUCGCUCUUGACAUGGCUGUACCCCAACGUCUUCGAUGACAAGACUGCGACGCUAUUCAAGGAAUCUUUUGACCUAAGCAAGGGCAAAGCGAACAAGCAGACCAUGACAGACGCCCGUCGCUUGCUUGAACUUAUCAUGCUACGUCGCAUGAAAGAUUCUCCUUCUGUCAAUCUUGGACUCCCUCCCAAGGAAGAGGUGCUGCUCUACGUACCCUUGACGCCCAUGCAGAAGAUCUGGUACACUCGUCUGUUAACACGCAUUGACGACGGCAUGCUCGACGAGCUUUUUGCGGACGGCAAGCAGAAAGAGAAGGCGGCUAUUGAACAAGACAUUGAAGAAAACAAACUCCUUCAGAAGAUGGAAAAGGUAGACAAGGUGGUGCGCUCUGGCGAUGCCGGAAGUGAUUGGGACGAAACUACCAAAAUCUUACAAGAAGCCGUGGCGAAGGAGCAGGCUGACACAGAUGCCAACAAGGGCGCUUGGAAAAAGCUCAUGAACCUCGUCAUGCAAUUGCGCAAAUGUUGUUCACACCCAUAUCUGCUCCCAGGUGUCGCGCCUGAUCCGUACUACCUCAGCGACCACAUCAUUCGCGCAUCCGGCAAGUUUAUUCUUCUCGAGAAGCUCAUCAAGCACACGGUUUUUAACGAGGGCAAGAAAGUCCUUAUUUUCUCUGGCUUUACUCGCACGCUUGACUACUGCGAAGAUCUCUUAUCCCUCAUCAGCAACCAUGGAGAGCAUUUCAAGGCCCUUCGCCUGGAUGGUAGCACAGCUCGAGCUCGCCGCAACCUGGAUAUUCGCCUCUUUAACCAGAAGGACUCAGACUACAAGGUCAUGCUUCUCUCUACACGGGCAGGUGGCUUGGGCAUCAACCUCACGAGCGCCCAAGACGUCAUUUUCCUUGACGAAGAUUGGAAUCCGCAGAUCACACUUCAAGCUGAAGCUCGAGCUCAUCGCAUUGGACAGACAAAGAAGGUGACCAUAUACAAGCUCUGUACCCAGGGUACCGUCGAAGAGCAGAUGAUGGGUCGUAUUCGCAAGAAGCUUUACUUGUCGGCAAAGAUCACAGAGUCGAUGCAGAGCGUGCAUGGCAAGCAGUCGACUAUCAGCAAGAAAGCCGGACGCGUAUCUGCUACCGAAGACUUACCCCAGAUGGGCACUACACAACUGAAGACACUUGUUCGACGAGGCGCCCAGACACUGUCACAUCCGGAGAUUGACGUCAAAGAGAUGGUGUCUUGGGAUUUAGAGACAAUGAUGGCCAAGUGUCGCGACAAUUCUGCAGACUUGACCGAAAUAGCGACACACUCUGAGGCUGACGAGGAUAAAUGGCUUUCUACCAUGGAGCGUGUCGAAUGCGCUGUGUUUGAGGGCAAGCACCACCAACGCCAGCUGGACACAACCUGGAAGGCUAAUACCUCAGCUGCAAAUAUUCUUCCAGACACCAUCACGCGCGAGGAUCGUCGCAAGGGAAAGAACACUACAGUCAUGGUGGACGGCUUUGCUAUCAACAAAGAGUCCAUGGACUGUGCCGACUGGGAGGCUGUACCGACGUACGCUGGCAAAGAUCCUCGUCUUGCUGAGCCGGUACGUGAAAAGCGGCGCCAAUUUGGCCAUGAGGACCAUUGUCUAAGCUGUUUCGACGAUGCGGAUGCUGGACACAUGGUCGAGUGUAAGGGUUGCCCUCGUGCUUACCAUAUCGACUGUCUUGAUCCCGAGUACAAGGCAAAGGUGAAGGGCUUCAGUGGCUUUCAGUGCCCACAGCACAACUGCGCAGAGUGUGGGAAGUCGACCUCGGAUGCUGGAGGCCUCAUGUUCCGCUGCCGUUGGUGUCCACAAGGCUUCUGUGAGGAUUGUCUCGACUGGGACAAGACUGAGCUCAUUGGCGAAAACCUUCCCGAGUUUGAAUUAAUGGGCGAGGAUUCCACGACUGGCGGUUUCUACAUCAAGUGUCCCACUUGUGUCGAUGAGAGCGAGGAACAGAAAGCGUGGGUGGAGAACAAGGAGAAGGAGUACAAGAAUCAACAUGAUAUCUGGCUACAGGAGCGUGAGGAGAUGCAGCGUCAGCUGAACGAGUACGAUGCGAACGGCAAACAGGAGAGCGAACAUUACAAGGCGAACAUGAUCAAUGCGAAGACCAACAGCCGCCUCCCGCAGCUUAUCGAACCUCAGCUCAAGCACGAGAACGACAUGCUUGUCGACGACGAUGAUGUCACCUCUCCACCUGCUCUUACUGACACUUCGCUGCCUACUCCCGCGCUCGGCGGCUCUCGCGUCGGCACACCCAUGUACACAGAGCCUACGCAGAAUAGCAAGAAGGCCAACAAGAGAGGCGAAGCAUUCGGUGAGACGCGCGCGGAGAAGCGGGCUCGACUGAAUGCGCACUCUUAG